AUGGUAAAGGAGACAAAGCUAUACGACCAGCUCAGCGUCAAGCCGGAUGCCAAUCAAGAUGAGAUCAAGAAAGCAUAUCGAAAAGCAGCAUUAAAAUGGCAUCCCGACAAGAACAAAGACAACCCCGCCGCCGCCGAGAAAUUCAAGGAAUGCUCGCAAGCUUAUGAGAUACUUUCCGAUCCCGAGAAGCGUAAGACCUAUGAUCAAUACGGUCUUGAAUUCCUGCUUCGCGGCGGUGCCGCCCCCCCUCCUGGAGAGAAUCCCUUCGCGGGAGCCCAGGGUGGAAUGCCUGGUGGCUUCCAGGGCUUCGACUUCGGUGGUAUGCCGACAGGUGGUGGUGGUGGUGGCCGGACAUUCCACUUCACCACAAGCGGUGGCGGGCCAAAUCCUUCUUUCAGCUUUAGCAACCCUGAGAGUAUAUUUGCCGAGUUUAUGCGCGGUACUGGAGGUUUAGGAGUGGACGACGAUGAAGCCGGCCCUUUUUUCGGUAGAGGCGGCGGCAUUCCUCGAGCCUCAGGCGGAAGGACCCGCAUGCGCAGCAAUUUCGCUAGCGGAGGAGACCCUUUCGCGAGCAGCGGUGCAAGAGAAGCGACGCCUGAUGUUACUACUGUCGAGCGUGCUCUGCCUCUCUCCCUGGAAGAGCUGUACACCGGCGUCACGAAGAAGAUGAAGAUCAAGCGGAAGACCUUCGACGAUACUGGCAAGCGGACUACCACCGACCAGGUCCUCGAAGUCCCUAUCAAGCCUGGCUUGAAGAAGGGUAGCAAGAUCAAAUUCAAGGGCGUUGGCGACCAAGAAGAAGGUGGCAAGCAAGAUCUGCACUUCAUCGUCGAGGAGAAACCGCAUCCUCUCUACGUUCGUGAUGGGGAUGAUCUGAUCCACACGAUAGAUCUGGACUUAAAGGAGGCCCUAACCGGUUGGAAACGAACCGUGACGACAAUAGACGGCAAACAACUCAACGUUGAAAAGAGCGGGCCUACAGGUCCAGGCACGUCAGACUCCUACCCUGGCCUCGGAAUGCCGGUCUCGAAGAAACCGGGCGAACGAGGGAACUUCAUCAUCAAGUACAACGUCAAGUUCCCUACGAGCCUGUCGGCAAAGCAGAAGCAGCAACUGAAGGAAAUCCUGUAG